AACAUCCUUACUCAAGAUGGCGGACGAUGCCCAGCAUGAGCACACCUUCGAGUCCGCCGACGCCGGCGCCUCUGCCACUUUCCCUAUGCAGUGCUCUGCCUUGAGAAAGAACGGUUUCGUCGUGAUCAAGAACCGCCCCUGCAAGAUCGUCGACAUGUCUACCUCCAAGACUGGCAAGCACGGUCACGCCAAGGUCCAUCUUGUCGCUAUCGACAUCUUCACCGGCAAGAAGCUCGAAGAACUUUGCCCCUCUACCCACAACAUGGAUGUCCCUAACGUCACCCGCAAGGAGUACCAGUUGCUCGAUGUCUCUGACGAUGGUUACCUCUCCUUGAUGGCCGAUGAUGGUGAGACCAAGGAUGAUGUCAAGGUUCCCGAGGGCGAAGUUGGCGAGAAGAUCGAGAAGCUCUUCACCGUUGAGGAGAAGGAUACUAACGUCAUUGUUCUUACGGCUAUGGGUGAGCAGGCUGCCAUCGAAGCCAAGGAGGCUCCUCGUGGCUAGAUUUCCCUAAGCCUGCACCACUACGGCAACGACAUUGUUGUCAGCGAUGGCAGUGUC